AUGGGAACCAAUAAUAAUGAUUUUAAUAAAUCAAAAAUUGCAAAUAAAGAACAAAUUCUAAGUGUUAACAAUGAUGUCAGAUUAACAGAUGAUAAAAUGAAAUCUGACGUAAAAUAUUAUAAAAAUGAAGUUAUGGAUGUCACUAAUGAAGCUUUUAGUGAUUUUAGUGAGGUCUCUUAUGUGAAACAUAGGUCGCGAGUGACGAGUAGAAGUGCCAAUACAUUGUUCCUUUUGUUAAGGAUAACGAAACGGUUGAACGUGCUAGUGUGGCAAUGUAUGUCGUUUUUGGUGUUGCUUAGUUCAGUGAGUGCGUAUAGAGAGCAGAGGUUUGCGAUUGAACCACAAGAUCAGAGUGCUGUAGUAGGAUCGAGGGUAACGUUACCCUGUCGAGUGGAGAACAAGGCUGGGCAGCUGCAGUGGACGAAGGAUGACUUCGGUUUAGGCACACAUCGUCAUCUCACUGGCUAUGAACGAUACAAGAUGAUUGGGAGUGACGAAGAAGGUGACUACUCGUUGGACAUCAGAGAAGUAACCCUGGAUGACGAUGCGUUGUAUCAGUGCCAAGUCAGUUCUGGACCAAAAGGUGAACCACCGAUCCGCUCCAGGUACGCUCGUCUCCUAGUCCUCGUGCCACCAGAGCCUCCCAAGAUCCUCAAAGGUCCAGUUCUUCAAGCAGUUGAAGAUAGAGAAGUUAAUCUGGAGUGCAUCUCUGUUGGAGGCAAACCUGCAGCUGAAAUUACUUGGGUGGACAACGACGGUGGAGUACUAACACACGGAGUCAAUUACACAGUAGUGCCAAUGGCUGAUAACCGGAGAUUCACGGCUAGGUCUGUGCUUCGACUGCGUCCAAGAAGACAUCAUCACAAUCAGACGCUCACGUGUCAAGCUCAAAAUACCGCAGAUCGAGCUUACAGAGCAGUUACUAUCAAACUGCAGGUACAAUACGCACCGAAAGUUCGAAUGUUCGUGAAGUCUGGAAUAUUGAAAGGAAGCAUUCAAGAAGGAGAUAUGGUCGUAAUUGGUUGUCAAGCCAGUGCGAAUCCCAACAAUCUUACAUACAAAUGGUAUGUCAACAAUGAACAUAUUGCUGGUGACAUAAGCAAUGAAUUGAUACUAUCAAAUAUAUCAAGGAGGUUCAACGAAGCGACGAUCAAGUGCGAAGUUCACAACCAGGUUGGGAAAAGUGCUGACACCAAAACUCUGGAAGUGGCCUAUGGACCAACGAUCAAAGUUAAACCUCAAAACGUAGAAGGUGAAACGGGAUCUUCAGCUAUAAUGUCCUGCAUCGUAGAUGGUCAUCCACCUCCGAAAAUCCAAUGGCUGAGAUACGAGAACGAGAGACUUAUUAGAGUGGGGAAGUCUCCAAACCUAACGAUCACAGUGACACCACAUUCAGCUGGUCAGUACUGGUGCAAAGCGAGCAUAGAAAACCGUCAAGAUGUGCAAGCUCCUGUAAUGGUGUAUAUCAAAGGACCUCCGAAGAUAAUGUCAAAUCAAACACAAUAUGGAGUCGAAGGGGACAGUGUGAGAAUAGAAUGUGUCUCGUUCGCCGUCCCUAAGCCUGACUAUAUCGUGUGGACCUUCGAGGGCACCGAAAUCAACUCUUAUCAGAACCAGGAAUAUGCAUUUUUGGAAGAAACCUUAACGGAUAGGAUGACGAAAUCAACCCUUAUUAUCAGGAGAAGUGAAUUAAAACAUUUUGGACCCUACAAUUGUACUGUUGUCAACAUUUAUGGCAUGGACAGCAUUGAAAUCAACUUGGUGCCAGCCAAAACAUUUCCAAUGAUCUUCAUAAUAGCUGGAGGGUCAGCCUUCAUAGUCUUCGUGUUGAUAAUCAUGCUGAUUAUAAUGCUAUGUCAUAAGAAGACCAAGAAGACCGAUGUCAAGAAACCAGACAUAACGGAUUUAGGAAAGACUUGUGUUGAUCAGUUCAAAGAUUGUGAUAGAAGUUCUAAUAUCAGUGAUCUGAAGUUGGAACUGAGACAGGUGGAAGGAAGCUGUGACUUGGACAACUCCAAUGGUGGUUCAGAAACCGACCUCCAUCCAACUCUUCACCUCAAAUCAAAUCUGGGUCUACCUCUAGCUGGUCCCGUACCAGUACCAGAUUCAGGAUAUGACAACGAGCUGAUGAAGCAGUACCAAAGAUACAGUGGGGAUUUCAACCAACCUAUUAACAAUUUGAAUUUUAAGCAUCACGGCCAAAGCAACGGUUACGUGCCAUACGUGGACUACUCCCGAGACUACGCCCCACCAGUUCCAUCAGAUUCCCUGUCAGGCUCCCUGUCAAGAAGCACUGAUGGGUCCACCUACCCCAGUCAUUGUGGGUCCUUACAUCGGCAGCAAAGCUGUGGCAGACUCGGAGGCAUCGUUGGACCUGAUGUGAUUCCUAUGUCUGGUCCAGGAGUAGUUGUGACGGGAGAAGAUGUAAGAUAUACUGCCACUUAUGGGAAUCCAUAUUUGAGAGGUGGUGCUCCUGUGGCAUACGUUCAACAAAUGAGCACCAACCCGGUUGGGAAGCCCGCACCCCCUCCUUACUAUACUGUCAGAAAUGCCAAUCAUCCACCCAGUAAUUUAUAUGUGCCAUCAGUGACUUCACCUUCAUCAUCAUCGUCUUCGAGGCCCGUCACCAGUCCAAUGGCGUCAUCAUCGUCAACCAAUAGUGGUGCACAGCCUCAAGUGCCUAAAUCAUCUUCGCAGUCUUCAGGAGCUUUGUAUAUACUUCCGCCGUCCAGUCAAGGAAACUUGCAGUCCAAUCAGAUCACUACCAAAGGUAAUGGGUCCCAGCUGACAUCGGGGACACAUGUUUAA